CGAAGAUUCGGGCGCAGGUGCUACUUUUGGCAGCACAGCCAGGAAGCACACGCGCGCCACAGCCACGGCACACCGGCGGUGUGCUGGCAGGCGGCGAGACGCCGAGCGAGGCGAGGGGCUCCAGGCUCGGCACGCGCUCGGCUUGGCUGGCCUUGACCUCGCCUUCGCAUGGGUGUCGCACUCUUGCCUCUGCGCCCCACCCUGCUCCGCUCGGCCGUGCCAUCCACCCACUCCCUCACUCGCGCCAUGGGCCUCUCCCUCAUGCGCUCGCCCUCCGUGCACGUCGACUGGUCGCUGUACGGCGGCGCAGAGUCGACGGCGCCGCCGGCCGCACGUGCGCCGGCUGCUGCUGCGGCCGCUGGUCCGGCCCGCAGCGUGCCGCUCGCCGCCUCGCCCUCCUCCUCGUCGCUCUCGUCCGCCGACGACUCGGACGCGCGCCUCACGCCCAGCGGCUCGUCGCUGCACUCCAGCCGCACCAGCGACACCAGCGACGCCGACGAGCCCGCCGACGCGGCCAAGCGUGCGCCCAAGGGCACCGACUGGCUGCCGCAGCUCGUGCCCGCCCGCAGCGCCGCCGAGCCCGUCGACUUUCUCUGGCUGCACACCGAGGAGCCGCACCGCUCGCGCCGGCGUGCCAUCCUCGCGGCGCACCCCGAGGUGCGUGCGCUGAUGGGCCACGAGCCGCGCACCAAGUACAUUGCCUGUGCCGUGCUGGCGCUGCAGACGGCGCUGGCCGUGUACUUUGGGCGCGCCGGCUUCGCCUGGAAUGACUGGCGCCUGCUGCUCGUCGCGUACGUGGUCGGCGGCACGGCGAACCAGAACACGUUCCUUGCCAUCCACGAGAUUACGCACAAUCUCGCCUUUCGCGGCCUGCGUGCCAACAAGGCGCUCGCCGUGCUGGUCAACUGCUGCAUCGGCGUGCCGUACUCGAUGCUCUUCAAGCCGUACCACAUUGAGCACCACAAGCAUCUGGGCGAGGACGGCAUCGACACGGACCUGCCGACGCGCUUCGAGAUGCUCUUCCUGAACAAUGUGGCGGGCAAGGCGUUCUUCGCCACGUUCCAGAUCCUCUUCUACGCCCUGCGGCCCGGCUUUGUCAAGCAGCAGAAGCCGACGGUGUGGCUGGGCAUCAACAUUGCUGUGCAGCUACUCUUCAAUUACGCGCUGAUCACAGCAGCCGGCUGGACGGCCUGGGGUUACUUGAUCGCCUCGUCGUUCUUUGCUGGCAGCCUACACCCCUGCGCCGCGCACUUCAUCGCCGAGCACUACAUGUUUGCCGGCGUCGGGCAGGAGACGUGGAGCUACUACGGGCCACUUAACGCGCUGGCGUACAACGUCGGCUACCACAACGAGCACCACGACUUUCCCUCGAUUCCCUGGUCGCGCCUGCCGGCGCUGCGCGCCGCCGCGCCCGAGUUCUACGACGUGCUGCCGCGCCACGAGAGCUGGCCGCUCGUGACGCUGCAGUUCAUCCUCGGCAGCGAGAGCGGCCUGUGGGCGCGCAUCAAGCGCAAGGGCAAGGGCGCCGGCGGCUGGGAUGGACAGCAGUCGAAGCAACAGCAGCCGGCUCAGGCGCAGCUGGCAGAGAUGAAGAAGGUUCAGUAGCAUGCCCGCCCGGAGGCUGCUGCGCUGCAUCGCAUUGUUAUGACUUUUUGACGA